AAGGAAGGCAAUUGUUUACAAAUGUCGAUAGUCUAUACGAGAAAGAGAAAGUAGGGUUUGUGUCGACUAGAAACUCAAGUUAUUUGACAAAAAUUUGGACCACCAGUUAGCAAAAUGAGUGAUAAAGGGAAAAAGAAGGGUAAAAUGUCCCAAACGACACCAGCAAAAGGGACACGACAAUCUCCGAGAAUUAAGAAACCAGAACAACCGGAAGCCAUGGAUACAGCAACAGAAUUAUCUAACAGUGCUGACAAAUUACAAUCGUUAAAAAUAACAGAAAAGAAAGAAAACACUCUUCCUGGUUUUUAUGAGGAAUUAAAACUUCCCAGAGCGCUUUAUGAUUUAGCAGAAUCUAUCCAGAAGUCGUCAAACAAAGUUCUUGCAAAUAAAGACGUUCAGAAGAAUUUUGAAGAAGCUCAACAAAUUUUUCAGGGAUGGGCAACACCAGUGAAAGGACAAGAAUCAAAAGGCAGAAGUAAUAAAAGAAAACGUUCAGAUGGCCAGAACGGAGAUGGAAUACUGACACCCGUAGAAAUUACUGAACUACAGGACAGUGCAAAGAAAUUGAAAGAAGAACUUACCAAACAACAAGAAGAAAAAGCACUAUUGAGUAAAGUAAGAGAUAAUGUAAUAGAGCAACUAAAGGAUGACAAUAGAAAGUUACAACAGGAUUUAACCAGUAACAAGGAAACUAUUGCUACAACGGAGCAACUCGGAAAAAUAGAGAUGAAUAAGCGGACAAUGGAAAUCCAAUUUUUAGAAGAAAAAUUGAGAAAGGCUCAUACAGAAAUUACGAAGCUGAAAGAAACGAUUGAGGAAAACGAGAAAAAGUUUCUUGAAAAAACCGUAGUACAAAAUGGAGAAGAAAUGCCAAACGAAAAAGACACAAAGUCAGAAGAAUUUUUACAAGAAUUAAAAAGCCUACAAAAUCAACUUAUUGAGGAGCAAAAAGCUCACCAGAAAACCAAGAAAGAAGAAAAACUUGAAAGGGAAGAACUUCAAAAGUUGAAGGAAGAACUUCUAUACGAGAAAGAUACAUUAACAAAUGAACUUACACAAGUUAGGGCAGACAAACAACAGAAAAACGAAGAAUUAGAAAGCAUUGGUAAUGAACUGAUAAGGAGUAGUGAUUUUAAUGAAAGAAAGAGUCGAGAGUGUGAGUCUCUAAAGGACCAAAUUGGGCAAAUGCAGAAUGAAUUGAAACAGAAAAACGAAGAAUUAGACGAUCUACGAAACAGAUUGAGCUCUUUAUCAGCCAGCAAGUUAGACGGGGAUCCAAACAUAACAGAUCUUGGAGACCCCAACAGACCCUUAAAACUAGUAGAAAGGUACCAACAACUGUACGACAAUCUUUGGACCGAUAUAUUCGACGAACUUACUGAUUCGUAUCACGAUGUGGGUAGCAGCAGUGAAAGAGAAAAAAUGGCUGCUAUGGAGAUCAUGUCAAUUUUUGAGAGAGUGCUACAGUUUUGUAAACAUUUAGUAGAAGACCAAGAGAAAACUAUCAUAUCAACGCUCACAUGUUGUUCUCCAGACAAUCUGGAUCAAAAUGCCAGCAAUAUAGAUAUAUCAACGAUUAGAAAUAUUAGGAAAUCAAAUGCUCAACAAACACUGCCAUCCAUUGUUCAGCAAUAUGCCAGACAGAAUGAACAAGAACUAUCCGGGUUGAUGAAAGAUUUUGCAGAAGAGUGUAUAGCUAUUUGUUGGUUAACACAAGUACAAGAUCCACCAAUCGCCUUCGAGUUCAGCUAUGCUCAUGGAGUUCAACUAGAUAAAGACUUAAUGAGAGAGUUCACAGUGUCUGGAGAUAUUGUGGACUUUGUUGUUUGGCCUACCAUGAGGCUUACAUCAGAUGGUCCUGUGAUGGUAAAAAGUGUGGUACAACCAAUCAAGAAAAAACGUUAAGCUAAAAGUAAACAGAGAAAGUACUUUAUUGUGACCUUUACCGUUCCAUGUGGAAAUUUAACGGUUAUUGUUAAGAAUGUUUACUGCUAGCCUACUUUUUUUAACAGUUGUAAAGACUAUAUUCCAAAAAGGCUGUAUAAUGGAUUGCAUUUAUUAUUGUGAUAUGAAAGUAAUGUGCUGAGAAGGAUAACGAAACAUUUAAGGGGACACAAUCUUAAUAUUUUAUUUUUUUUAGAAAAAUAUUCAUAUUAAUUUUUU